AAGAUGGUUGUGCUCAAGGCUCUACGGCCGGCAAUUUGUUGUUCUUCUUCCAUUUUCGAUGAUGGGCCUUUGGUACCAGUGGAUAAGGCUAGCUUCGUAAAGUUUCCGUUGCUGGCGUCGUCGCUUUCUGUGAGGUUGAGCAGAAGCAACAAUGCCAAGCUGAGUUUGGUUCAGGCGACGGAGGAAUCGUCUAUGCCGAUUGCGCCUGAUCCCGCUGCUGCUAUUUCUGGUGAAAAUCUCCACCAGAUACCUACUAACGGCAAGGCAACAAACAUAGUAUGGCACAAAAGUUUGAUUGGUAAACUUAAUUGGCAAGAGUUGCUUAAGCAGAAGGGUUGUGUCAUAUGGAUUACGGGUCUCAGUGGCUCAGGAAAGAGCACUCUGGCGUGUGCUCUGUGCCAUGCCUUGUAUUCAAGGGGGAAGUUGGCUUACGUCCUUGAUGGUGAUAAUGUUAGGCAUGGUUUAAACCGUGACCUUAGUUUUAAAGCAAAGGAUCGGGCAGAAAACAUACGAAGGAUUGGAGAGGUAGCGAAACUCUUUGCUGAUGCAGGCAUCAUCUGCAUUGCCAGUGUAAUAUCUCCCUACAGAAAAGACAGGGAUGCAUCUCGUGAACUGUUGCCGGAAGGAGCUUUCAUUGAGGUGUUCAUGAAUGUGUCACUCCAAAUAUGCGAGGCAAGGGACCCAAAAGGCCUAUACAAGCUUGCAAGAGCUGGAAAAAUUAAAGGUUUUACUGGUAUCGAUGAUCCGUAUGAACCACCCCUGAAUUGUGAGUUAGAAUUGCCACAAAAGGGAAACAUCUGUGCUUCUCCAUGCGAAAUGGCUGAAACUGUGGUAUCUUACCUGGAGGAGAAGGGGUAUCUGCAGGCCUAACAAGAGAGAAACCCAGUAAUUCCAGGUUCCCAUAAUCAUAUGUA